UAAAAAAUAUCUUUUCCGAAACGAACCGUCCUCCUCUGCCUGCAAAAAACACGAAUCUCUCUCUCUCUCCUCUCCUUCGAAAGCGAAAUUAAUCUUGCACGAAGAAAAAACAAAACAAAACAAAAAAAAAUCAAAAAAGGAAAAGGAAAAUUACUCGUGAAAACGGAUCCGCAACAACACGAACCUGAGACUCUGAGAAAAACUGAAACCCCUAUUUAAUUAUCCUCCUCAUUUCUUUCCCUUUCUAUCAGAAGACUGAAAACCGCCACUGGAUACCUAAUAUUAGGGUUAGGUUUAGGGUUAGGGUUAGUUUUAGUUUUAUAACAUUUGGGACUUUUAGGGUUUUAUAAUUUUGAUUUCAAUUAGGUUUAGGGCUUGGUUUUCCUUUAUGGAAUACGCAGGUGUUGGUGCUUUUUGUUAUAUAUGACCGGAGGCCGAUGCCCCCGUCGGAAGAAGAUGAUGGGUAGGUGUCCUGACGGAGGUUGCGGCACCGACGAGAGGACUUGCCGCCUAAAUUCUAGGGCUCUGGCGAAACAACCUGAAAUUCCCCUAACAACAAUAAAGAAAAAGAAGCAGGCUCCAUUUGACGUUGAUUUCUUCUCUCAGGCACGUAAAGCUUUAAGUGAACGCUCUCCAUUUGAUGUACCCGAGGACGGGUCUGGGUCUGGGACUGGGUCUGGCAUUUCUACUUUGCCUAGUGGAUUAGCUGGCUUGUUAAGGCAAUCAGAUAGCAGUAGUAGAAAGAGGCAUAAGAAGUCACAUUUUAGUGCAGAUAAAAACAAGUCUUCAAGGGCAAGUGACCGGUCCUCCAAGGGAAGGAGCAUAUGGGCUGAGACUGAGGAGUAUUUUAGGGAUUUGGCAUUGCAUGAUAUUGAUGCGCUGUUCAAGCUGUCUUCUUCGCUUAGUUCUUUAGGUACUGCUAACUGUUUUUUAAUUCCUUAUUUUCAAAAUGAGAAAAAUGAGUCUGACGUUGAAACAGAGAGCUUGGAUACCAGUGCGAAUUGUGAGAAUGGAAAUGCAAGUGGAAGUGCCCAUGAAGACAAGUUUAUGUUUACCAAUGUGACUGUGACUUGUGGGAGUGGCAAUGAACAUGGAAAUGAGGUUGUAGCAAAGGGCGAGGUAAAGCAAGAAGAGGAACAAUAUAUGGAAAUUGACAGCUUUAGAGCUCAAGACAAUGGAGCAGAGUAUGCUGAUAGAUUACCUCAGAAUGAAGCUGACUGCAAGACUCAGGAGGAAGGAAUUAUUUGUCCCAAUUCAAAAUUUUCUACUGGCUUAGAGUGGGUUUUAGGUUGUAGGAGUAGGGCUAUUUUGACUUCAGAACGGCCAUCUAAGAAGCGGAAACUUUUAGGUAUAGAUGCAGGGUUAGAAAAAGUUUUCGUUGGUUCACCUUGUGAGGGGGAUUCAUCAUUAUGUGAUUUUUGCUGCAAGGGCGAGAUAAGUAAUGAAUCAAGCCGAUUAAUUGUUUGUUCUUCUUGUAAGGUUGCCGUUCAUUUAGACUGUUAUGGUGUGCAAGAGGAUGUGUCUGAGUCUUGGCUCUGUUCUUGGUGUAAGCACAAGAUCAAUGGUAAUGAUUCUGCUUCAGAGAAGCAGCCUUGUGUGCUCUGCCCAAAGCAGGGUGGUGCUUUGAAACCUAUUGGGGGCGAAAGUAGUGGGUCUAUUCUUGAGUUUGCGCACUUGUUUUGUUCUCUAUGGACACCUGAGGUCUAUGUAGAAGACUUAACAAAGAUGGAAAAAAUAAUGGAUGUGCAUGAAAUCAAGGAAACCCGAAGGAAACUGGUGUGCAAUGUAUGCAAGGUGAAGUGUGGUGUUUGUGUUCGUUGCAGUCACGGAACUUGUAGGACUGCAUUUCAUCCGAUUUGUGCAAGGGAAGCAAGGCACAGAAUGGAGGUGUGGGGAAAAUAUGGAUAUGAGAAUGUUGAAUUACGGGCCUUUUGCUCAAAGCACUCGGAGUUUCCUGAUGGAAGUAACCUGCAAUUAGGAAAAAUAACUGCCAGCAGUGACACAUCCACUGCCAACUGCAUUCAAACAACAUCAUUGACUGAUAGACAACAUAAAUUAAAGAUUGGUCGAAAUGGAGAUAAACUUGCUGUCCAUGUUGAAACACGUGAUACUGUUUCUGAUAAAUCUGGUGAUAAUGAAUCACGGGAAAUUGGAUUGUCUGAUUCUAGAUUAGAUGAUCUGCUUAUAUCAGAAUGUGCUGAUGGGGACCAUGUCAGUAAUAUGGGAUUAUCUGAAAGACAUGACAAGGAGGAUCCUAAUAUUUCCAAUUCACUGGAUUUUGCUUUGCUUUUGAAACAGUUAAUAGAUCGAGGAAAAGUUAACUUGAAAGAUGUAGCAUUAGAGAUUGGCAUCUCACCUGAUUCAUUACUUUCGACACUUGAUGAAGAUAGUUUGGUGCCUGACCUGCAAUGCAAAAUUGUCAAAUGGCUUGGAAAUCAUGCUUAUAUGGGCAGUUCACAUAAAAAUUUGAGAAUCAAACUAAACUCUACCAUUUUAUCAAGGGAUGAGAUGGAAGUAAAUGAUCAUUCUGAUAUUGUAACAUUAUCAGAGUCUGAUAUCACAGAUCAUGUUGCUGUUAAGUCAGUUCCUCCACGAAGAAGAACAAAAAGCAAAAUUAGAAUUAUGAGGGAUAACAAACUGACUUGCUCAUCUGAGGAGCUUUUAAGCAACAGUGGGAUGUUGUUGGACGAGGUUAAAGUAGAUCAAGCAGUAUGUGAAGAACGAGAAAUUUCGACUGAAGUAUCUCCUAAGAUAUCAAUGAACAAUGUCGGAAUCCAAGAGUCUUUGGCUGCAUGUGUACCUAAACCUGAAGGCAGUUCAGAUAAUCCCUCUGGUUGCACGCUUUCUGAGAAGGUUGAGUCACAGCCAGCUGUUCUCCAGCAUGGUGAUUCAAUUAAUGCAAAUACAGUUUAUUCAGAUAUGAUCUCGGUCCUUCCUGAUCUCAAUAAAGUCCAAGGAUCUUCUAGUUUUUAUAUGCACCCAUAUAUCCGUAAAAAAUUUAUGCAGUUGCAGAGCGGGUUGCUGUUGAGAGAUAAUGUUUGUGGAGCAGAAGGUUGGAGAGUGGGAGAAACCUGUUGUCUGGAGCCUUCAUCCAAUGCCAGUGACUGCUGUGAUCACCAAAAUACACAUUCAAACCGCAAUGACACUUGCAAAUUUGAUGAAGUAAAUUCAGGUCAGCUGAUCAAGGCUAAAAGGCUGGGUGUUCAUGAACUGUCUCCAGCAGAUGAAGUGGAAGGAGAAAUUAUGUACUUUCAGGAUAGGCUGCUUGGCAAUGCAAUUGCAAGAAAGCGCUUUACUGAUAAUUUAAUUUGUGAGAUCGCUAAGAGUCUACCACAUGAGAUUGACAAAACCAGUGCCCAAAGAUGGGAUGCAGUUUUUGUCAACCAGUAUCUUAAUGAGCUUAGAGAAGCAAAGAAGCAGGGCAGGAAAGAAAGAAAGCAUAAAGAAGCGCAGGCUGUGCUAGCUGCUGCAACUGCAGCUGCUGCAGCUUCUUCUAGGAUUUCAUCAUUUAGGAAAGAUGCAUACGACGAAUCUACUAAUCAAGAGAAAUUUAAUAUUUCUAUUGGGAGGGCUGGCAUUUCUUCUCAGCUGAUGCCACGCCCAAAAGAGACGCUGUCAAGGGUGGCAGUUCCAAGAAAUUCAUCGGAAAAGUAUUCUGAUUCUGUUCAGUCAGGUUCAGAAUUUUCUAAAGAGCAUCCUAGGUCAUGUGAUAUUUGCAGACGAUCUGAGACGGUGCUGAAUCCUAUCUUAGUAUGUUCUAGCUGCAAGGUUGCUGUUCAUUUGGAUUGUUAUCGCAGUGUCAAAGAAUCUACAGGUCCAUGGUACUGUGAACUAUGCGAGGAAUUGUUGUCAUCUAAAUGCUCUGCAGCUGCUUCACUUAAUUUUUGGGAGAAGCCUUAUUUUGUUGCCGAGUGUGGUUUAUGUGGUGGAACAACUGGUGCUUUUAGGAAGUCCGCUGAUAAUCAAUGGGUCCAUGCCUUCUGCGCGGAGUGGGUAUUUGAACCAACAUUCAGAAGGGGACAAGUGAAUCCUGUUGAUGGAAUGGAGACAAUUACUAAGGGAAUUGACAUCUGCUUUAUCUGCCGUCACAAACAUGGUGUCUGCAUAAAGUGUAGCUAUGGUCAUUGUCAGACCACGUUUCAUCCCUCCUGUGCUAGAAGUGCAGGUUUUUACAUGAAUGUUAAGACUCUUAAUGGAAAGUUGCAGCACAAGGCUUAUUGUGAAAGACAUGGCUUGGAACAGAGGGCAAAGGCUGACACUCAAAAACAUGGAGCUGAGGAGUUAAAGAGCAUGAAGCAAAUCAGGGUUGAGCUGGAAAGGUUGCGUCUUCUUUGUGAGAGGAUCAUUAAACGUGAAAAAAUAAAGCGGGAUUUGGUUCUUUGCUCUCACAGCAUACUUGCAUGCAAAAGAGACCAUGUUGCUCGUUCUAUGCUUGUUCAUAGUCCCUUUUUCCCUCCGGACGUCAGUUCAGAAUCAGCUACGACAUCUCUUAAAGGCAAUACAGAUGGGUAUAAGUCAUGCAGUGAUGCAAUGCAAAGAUCGGAUGAUGUAACAGUGGACAGCACCAUUUCGGUUAAGCACCGAGUUAAAGUUACCAUGGACACCGACCAAAAGACAGAUGAUAGCUCCACAUCCCAACACCUGUUCACCAGAAAGCCUCUGGAGAGGGUGUCAUUCGCUGGAAAGCAAAUCCCUCACAGAGUUUCCCUUGCUUCUCGAAAUGCUUUGGAUGCUGGAGAAUGGAGCUCCCAGUCAAGAAAGUCACAGCGUUUGGAGACCUUUGAGAAAGAGUUGGUGAUGACAUCAGAUCAAGCAUCUAUGAAGAAUCAGCAGUUACCUAAAGGAUAUUUUUAUAUUCCUGUUGAUUGCCUGCCGAAGGAAAAGCAGGUGGACCAGGAUGCAUGUUCUGGCGAACCAUUGGAACAUCACAGGUAGAUAAAUGUAAAACAACUGCAUUCUGCCCAGGAUUCUGAUUUGUGCACUGGAAUUGGCAGCCAUCUGCCGCAAACAACUGCAUUCUGCCCAGGAGCUGUACUAUUUAUUUGAUUUAUGAAAGGGAGAAUGGCAGAAUGAUAUGCUGAGAUGGGUUUCUGGAUGGUUUAUCCUGUUGGAUAGGAUUAACAUUCUGGACAAAGGCAGGGAGCUUUCGCAUCAGUGUUGUAUAUUCAUUGUGAGAGUAAUUGUACAGUGGGUGAGGGUUUAUUCCAUUACAUGUACUGCAAGCGGCCCAAAUUCUAGUAUCUUGAUGCGUCUUUUUUGUGGUUGAGAAGCUCUUCUGCUUCUUGUAUCUUUAUGCAAGGAAUUGAAAGGUGUCGCCUACUGCGCUUGCGCUGUAAAGUUAAUGUAAAUAUUUCUACAAAAGUAAUUGCGCUCGGCUUCAGAUUGACGGAGCUUGGAAAUUAUCUCCUGUGACCUUAUUGUUUAUUUAUUUAUUUUUAGUUUUUAA